AUGCCUUCCCUCGCGUCCCCAGCAAAGGUCCUAGUAACUGCUGCAAAUGGCUUUAUUGCGACAUGGAUCGUCUUCGUCCUCAUCAAUCGAGGCUACAACGUCAUCGGAACGGUGAGGUCAGCGCCGAAGGGGGAUUUUCUAAAGAAGAAGUUCGGAGAUAAAUUUGAUUUCGUUAUCGUUGAAAAUCUUGAAGGGAAUGCAUUCGACGAAGCCGUCAAGUCCACAAACCCCGAUGCCAUCAUCCACACUGCGACACCCAUCGAUGUCUCCGGUGAUCCUCAAUCUAUCAUUAGGCUGGCUGUAGAGGGGACUCUUGGGAUUCUUCAAAGUGCUCGGCAAUUUGGGCACAACGUCAAGCGAAUAGUGAUUACAUCAUCUAUAGCAUCUAUAUUGGAAUCCAAGGAUGUCCCCUCAUACACCUUCACGGAGGACGACUGGAACUCGGAGUCCGAGAAAAUCGUUGAGCGAGAGGGAACGAAUGCACCAGCAGGGCACACGUAUCGAGCAAGCAAGACCAAGGCCGAACAAGCUGCCUGGAAGUUCAUCGACGAAAAUAAGGGCUUGCACUUUGAUCUGACUACUAUCUUGCCUAGUGUGGUCUUUGGGCCGAUCCUACACGAGGUCAAGGACGUAUCUGCCUUGAAUGCUACUAUCGCGUUGUUCCGUUACAGCGUGUUCAAAGGCGCUCCCCUGGGCACCUUUUCUAACAAUUUCGUGGACGUCCGAGAUGUCGCUCUUGCGCAUGUUUUAGCCCUAGAGGUGCCAGAGGGAGGUGGGGAACGCAUUAUUACAUCCAGCGCGCCUUUCUUCUACCAGCAAGCGAUCGACGCACUGGUUGCAGCCGGAUAUAACAUCCCUCUUCGUGAGCCAUGGGAGGACACUUCGGUUCCACAUGCGGCUAUAGCGAACAACGCGAAGUCGAAGAAAAUCUUGGGAAUCAAUUAUCGAGAUAUCAAAGAGACGUCCGUGGAUACCUAUGCAGAGUUGCAGGGGCGAUUCCCGGAAUCAUUCCCUUGAGCGAUCAGAUCAUCCUUCUUGGAACCGAUGUAACGUAAAAGAUUUCAAAAGACCGCGGAGUCAUGUACCCCCGAACCGCUUGUACCACCUCACAUGUAAAUCGAUAGGCUUAUGAGCCACAAUUUAGGUCU